UUUGAGAGCGCAGUCAUCCAAAAACGGCCUUUCAAUGUGAGAACUUGGGGAGCCGAAGAAAAUGUCGGUGGCAUCGCAGUAAAUUACUAAAGCAGUAAGGCUUUAGAGGGAAAAGACAAGUUAAAAGUGUUGUUUUUGGGACUAAAACUCAACGCAGAAGACGCAAAAGUGAAGAUCGGUUGGUUAAAACAAGGUGUGAGCACCAAAUAGAGCAGUUUUGAGGGUAGUGUAUGGAAGAUGUCUGGAAAGCGAGACUGGACUCCGUGGAUGAAAAAGAGAAGAGCUCCAGUGUUGUGCGCUCUGGGUGCAGUUCUGCUCUGCUGCCUGCAGAGCGCCGCCUCUGUUUCUGACGAGGUGCCCGUGUUCACUGAGGAGCCUGUGUCCGUGGUGCAGAAGUUGGGGGGCAGCGUGAACCUUCGCUGCAGCGCCCGGCCUACCUCUGCCAACAUCAGCUGGCGCCUCAACGGUCAGGAGGUGGUGGACGGACACCUGGGGGUGGUGCUGGGGCCCAACAGCCUGUUCAUCCCCACUCUCUCCAAUGUGACUCUGGGCCGAUACCAGUGUGUGGCCAGCACCGCUGUUGGCGCUCUGGCCAGUGUUCCUGCGAACGUCACUGCAGCCAAGCUGCGGGACUUCGAGCCUGAUGACCAGCAGGAGAUCGAGGUCGAUGAAGGCAACACGGCUGUUAUUGAAUGUCACCUCCCGGAAAGCCAGCCCAAGGCUCAGGUCCGCUACAGUGUCAAACAGGAAUGGUUGGAGACGUCCAAAGGGAACUACCUCAUCAUGCCAUCAGGGAACCUGCAGAUAGCCAACGCCACGCAGGAGGAUGAGGGGCCGUACAAGUGUGCUGCUUAUAACCCCAUCACUCAGGAGGUCAAAACCUCCACUUCUGCGGACCGCCUACGCAUCCGACGUUCCACAUCAGAAGCAGCUCGGAUUAUUUACCCGCCGGCGUCUCGUUCCAUCAUGGUGACGAAAGGCCAGCGGCUGGUGCUGGAGUGUGUUGCCAGUGGCAUCCCUACGCCGCAGGUCACAUGGGCAAAAGAUGGGCAGGACCUACGUUCCCAUAACAACACACGCUUCCUGCUCAGCAACCUGCUGAUCGAUGCAGUGGGCGAAGGUGACUCUGGGACGUACAUCUGCCGAGCUGACAACGGCAUCAGCUCGGCCGGCUCUGCUACGGUGCUUUAUGACGUACAAGUGUUCGAGCCUCCUCAGGUGACUGUGGAGCUGCAGCAGCAGGAGGUCAUGUAUGGAGAGACGGUGCGUUUCACCUGCCAGGCAAGGGGUAAACCCACCCCCUCAGUGAUGUGGCUCCACAACGCCCAGCCCCUCGCCCCGUCUCCUCGCCACCGCUUGACCUCCCGUAUGCUUCGUGUCUUCAACGUGGGGCCUCAGGAUGACGGACUGUACCAAUGCAUGGCUGAGAACGGGGUGGGCAGCUCGCAGGCCUCGGCGCGUCUCAUCACAGUCUCAACCGGGAUUCCGUCCAGGGGUAAACUACCCUCCAUCUUUCGGCCACUCAGCCCAGACAAGGUGCUGAGAGAGCAGCCCCCUGUGAGGCCUGGAGCCACGGGGGCCAUGUUGCCUCUGGACUGCUCUGAGCUCCCGGGACAGAUCCUGCCCGCAGAAGCCCCCAUCAUACUUAGUCAGCCACGUACAGGCAAGGCUGACUACUACGAACUCACCUGGAGGCCUCGGCAUGAGAGAGGAGCUCCAGUGUUGGAGUAUAUGGUUAAAUACAGAAAGGUGGGGGACCCUCUUGCAGAGUGGACCUCCAGCAGUAUCUCAGGUUCUCUUCAUAAACUGACCCUGGCUAAGCUGCAACCAGACAGUCUGUAUGAGGUGGAGAUGGCUGCCAAGAACUGUGCCGGAUUGGGACAACCCGCAAUGAUGACCUUCAGGACUGGGAAAGGUCGUAAAGGUCUCGGAGGGCAAAAUGAUCCACCGAAAACCCCCGCUGUUCCUUCACCAAGCCUUUCUCCUCCCGAGGCUCCUGACAAGCCCACAGUUUCCACGGCAACAGAGACUUCAGCAUAUGUGACUUGGAUUCCGCGUGGUAACCGUGGCUUUCCCAUCCAGUCAUUUCGGGUAGAGUAUAAGAAGGUGAGGAAGGCGGGAGAGGACUGGGUGACAGCAGUGGAAAACAUCCCUCCAUCGCGGCUCUCUGUGGAGAUCACUGGUCUGGAGAAAGGUACGUCAUAUAAGUUUCGUGUGGUGGCGGUGAAUGUGAUUGGUUCCAGUCCUCCCAGUGCCCCCUCAAAAGCAUACACAGUGGUUGGUGGACGUACUCAUGAACGCCCUGUUGAUGGACCUUACAUCACCUACAAUGAGGCCAUCAAUGAGACGACUAUCAUUCUAAAAUGGACAUACACCCCUGUAAACAACACGCCCAUCUAUGGUUUCUAUAUCCACUACCGGCCGACAGACAGUGAUAAUGAUAGUGACUACAAGAAGGAUGUGGUGGAAGGAGACAGAUACUGGCAUUCAAUCACUGACCUGCAGCCUGAAACCUCUUACGACAUCAAGAUGCAGAGCUUCAAUGAGAAGGGAGAGAGCGAAUUCGGCAAUGUCGUAAUCAUGGAAACUAAAGCCUCUCCCAAUGCCCACCGGCCAGCUCCAUCAGAUACCCCUGUCCACCCAAGGAGGGACACCAACGUACUGGUGCCUCGGCCUGGCGAUCUGCCCUACCUCAUAGUUGGUAUCGUCUUGGGAACAUUUGUCUUCAUCAUUGUUGCCUUCAUUCCCUUCUGCUUGUGGAGGGCUUGGGCCAAACAGAAGCAAACGUCUGACCCCUGUUUCCCUGCUGUGGCCACACCCGUGUCUUCGUGCCAGUACACCAUGGUUCCCCUGCAUGGACUUGCUCUGGUCGGCCAGUGCCCGCUGGACGCCCACAUGGCCACUCCACAUGGUGUUUACCCUGCUAAUGGAGAAUACACUCCGAAUGGCAAACCCCAUCAUGCUACACACUGUUUACCAGGACUGCAGCAGGAGGAAGUUGACUGUGAUAUGGAGUGUGACACAUUGUUGCCACAGUCAGUGUCAAAUGGACACCUACCUGUUUAUCACUGCUCCACGAGCAGUCCUGACCCACAGCGCUGUUGCCCCGCUGACGACUCCACUCUCCAGCUCCUCAGCUCAUCACAUCAGCCAAUCACUUCACAGGAUUUAGAAGAUAACAGCACCUUCUCUGGUGGGAACAAAACUGGGGAUGGCGCCUUUAAAAAAACAGCGUCCUUUCCACUUCUGUCUCUAGAAGAUGAAGGGAUAUUCAUCACAUCAUCAACAGCUACAACACCACAAUCCCAAGAUACGAUACAGGAAGUGAACAUCCUUCCAAAUGAAGCGUCCCUUGAGGAUGAGGGGACGGCCAACACAACAGAUGCAUAAUAGACUGUUAAACAGAAAAAAACAAGAGAAAAUAUUUAUUUUUGUAUCACAGAUAUUUAUAUAUUUAUGUUUUGUACAUAAAUGUUUAUUGUACUGUAUAUAUGGCUAUUUUCAUAUUGAAAAAAGACUCUUAUUCAGACAUCCUGUUCAGUAUGUCAUGGACAAAGGGAGUGCCGUGUUGUGAUGCUGGACUCUAUCUGCAUUUCUCAUGAGAUGAUGUUCUUUAUGUGAAGACCAGUCAGGGCCUCUCAGUUCAGCACUUCAUAUGUAGACGCUCCUCACUCCUCAUGCCAUUCCUUUAAAGCAUCCUCCCUUCUGAAUAUUUGGACCUUAGGUACUUGGCUUUAUGUACACCACAAAGGGACCGUUCAAAAAAAAAAAGUGAUGCUGUAAUUAUGAGAUGCUUCACUACAGUUUAUGUCUGUUGCUUUAUCAUGUUUUCAAGUUACAACUGCCCGUCUGUCAUUUUGUAUAGUGGUAACACAAAUGUAUUAUGCAUUGUUCAUCAUUAACAUACUAUUAACAAGUGUAUGCAGCAUAAAUCAUUCUGUUUCA